ACAUCUAACUUGAUCCACGUGACGUCACGCUUCAGUCGGAAGUUCCAGCGCAGCAGCAGCAGCAGCGAACGCGAGUUAAACCAGUUUUAGUGUAAACAGCCAGAACAUGGACGACGACGUGUUAACGACUCUAAAGAUUUUAAUUAUCGGAGAGAGUGGUGUCGGUAAAUCAAGUUUGCUCCUGCGUUUCACAGAUGACACCUUCGACCCAGAAUUAGCUGCAACCAUCGGUGUGGACUUCAAAGUGAAAACUAUCGCUAUAGAUGGCAACAGAGCAAAGCUGGCCAUAUGGGACACGGCGGGUCAGGAGAGGUUCAGAACUCUAACACCAAGCUAUUACAGAGGAGCCCAGGGUGUCAUUUUGGUGUAUGAUGUUACAAGAAGGGACACGUUCACAAAGCUUGAGAACUGGCUCAACGAGCUGGAGACAUAUUGCACACGCAAUGACCUGGUUAAAAUGCUAGUGGGGAACAAAAUUGACAAGGACAACCGUGAAGUAGACCGGAACGAAGGCUUGAAGUUUGCACGGAAACACUCUAUGCUUUUUAUCGAGGCUAGCGCAAAGACGAGGGACGGAGUUCAGUGUGCCUUUGAAGAACUAGUGGAGAAGAUCUUGCAGACGCCUGGUCUCUGGGAGAGCAGCCUCCAGAACCACGGUGUCCUGCUGACCGAUCACGAACAGCAGCGUCCGGGUGCCUGUGGAGGCUACUGCUCUCUGGUUUAACAUCCUCACCUCAACCCAGAACCACAAACUGAGAUGGAAUGCACCGUUUUCUUUCUUCUGAAUGAGAGCUUCCUCUGAGGGGGAACGGUCUGCUCCCUUAGGGCUGGUCAAAGGGACCUUUGCAGUUUGCACACUCUCUGUCACACAGUUGUUGUUGAGUCCCAGUAUUCUGUCAUGUUAUUUUCAAUUAAUGUAUCACAGAGCUACAUUAACUAUAGCCUAUGUAAACCUUUUAUGUAAAAUGAGUCCUGUUGAAGGUUACAGCCUGAGCAUGUUGAAUUAGGCCAGGGACAGAGCUGACAUGCUUCCCCCUCAAUGGGAGCACCACCUUUGACCUGAUGUGUGUAGGCCAAUAGGAUUACUGGAGGGGAGGGGCCGAGAAACGGCAGGAUCUGAUGAUCAGUGUGGUGAACUCAUUCAACAUUAUAGUCAUCAAAUGUCCUUUGUACCUGUACUACAUUUCAUGUGCUUAACAUAUUCUCUGCUGCUGUUUAAAUUCAUAUUCUUUAUCCCAUGUUAUUAUUUUUUAAAUAAUAUUUGGCCUUAGAAAUAUUGCUUAACAUGAUUCUACCUUUUUAAAAAGUUGGAAAUAUUCUUUUGUAAAUAAUACGUCUUUAGUAGCUGUUCUGAAGCGUAUCUCACACAAUUGUCUAUGGAAUGCUGUUUAGCUGCAGCUCUCAUGAGUUGAGAUACGUUAAGCAUGUUUAAAUAAUGUAAUCUAUGAUGACUUGAGUCUGAAUAACACAUGGGACGAUCCAUUUUACUUCAAUGUGUUUUAAUCUUUGACUCAUUUUUUUCUUUCUUUUCUAGUUUUCUUUCUUUUCUAGUUUGUGAAUGGAUACCAAAAAGAACUGUGUUCAUGGUUGUUUUUAAAUUACAAAGCCUUCCUGUGACUUGUUCUUGAUUCUAUUCACAUAUUGACUUGACAUGAGGAAGAUUUUGUUAUGCCUUAAUAUUUAUUCGAUCUGCAUGUUUAACAUGAUCUCCACUACUGGCUUUCACUAUGAUUCUAUAGAGAGAGUGUUAUUGUAGCCAGUCAAAAUGGCCAGUGGUACAUGGUUAAAUUGGUCAUUUAAUUUAAUUAUAAAUGUAUCUUGGUCAAAACGUUUAAUAUGUUUGACUUUCAUUUCACCUCUAAUAGAGGUGUACGUUCUGCUGCCCGAGAGAUUUAUUCAUUCGUGGUAAGAAUUGCUUAUGAUAUCCUGUAGCCAGAAAACCAAACACUGACCAGACCCCUAAUUAGGAUCUCUUACAAUUCAUGGGUAUUAAAUUCACAUACAACAGUUCUGUGUUCAUAAAUUCUUUAUACUUAAUUUUGUAGGAUUUUUUUUCUAGUCUGUAUGUCAUUUUCCAUUAUGUAGUGGAAAUUAGAAUUAUGUCUUACAAGCUUUUUUUCAUUAAAAUAUCUAACUUGUAGAAUUGUUUAUACUUUGUUUUGCCACAGAAUAGUGUCUUUUGUUGAAGCCUGUGUGAAUGUGUUCAAAGUUAUAUCUUCAUUAUUAGCAUGUAAUUUCUAGUAAAUGAACUCCAGAUGAGCAUAUAUGUCUGUGGCAAUCACAUAAAGGCAGGAAAUUCAUACCUACUGCAGCUCCAUAUUAGUUUAACAGGCCACAUAUGAAACAUUUCUAUACUGUGCACUACAUACACAAACUCUGAAAUAUACAAUGAACAUGCUUGUCACAACAAAUGUCAAAAGUUUGCACACUGAUGUGUGGCAGUUCAGGUCACUCAUUGGUAUCAUGGUCAUCUUUCUCUCCUUUCAUCAAACUGAUUAUACAGAGCUCUGCUUGUCAGAAAUAAACUAAAAUUGCAUGUCA